UUUACCUUUUUUUUUUUUUUUUUUUCCUCCGCUCCGACUCGGUUUGAUUUUUCUCUGAUCGGUGAUUAUUAUUACUAUUAUUUUUUUCCCUCCCCGGCGGUUCCUGUCCGUGCUACAUGACUUGCCAGCGCUUGAGACUGCGGUCCAACUGCGCUGCCGCCGCCGCCGCCACCGCCGGUGGUGCCGCCGCCGCCUCGGCCACCGCCACCGCUUCGGCCGCCGCCUCCGCCGCCGCCCCGCGCGCAGCUCCCUCAGCCGCCGCAACUUUCCCCCUCAGACUAGUGUGUGAUGUUGGACAUGGGAGAUAGGAAGGAAGUGAAAAUGCUGCCGAAAUCCUCCUUUAGCAUAAACAGCCUGGUGCCCGAAGCCGUCCAGAGCGACAACAACCACAGCAGCCACAGCCACCACAACAGCCACCACCCCCAUCACCACCACCAUCACCACCACCACCACCACCACCCGCCGCCGCAGCAGCCCCAGCGAGCGGCCGCAGCCGAGGAGGAGGACGAGGAGAAGGGGCAGCACCUCCUGCCGCCCCCCACCGCCACCGCCUCCGGCGCCCUGGAGGUGGCCAAGGCGGACAUGCUGGCGGGCAAAGGCGAGGCGGGCGCGGCGGUGGCGGCGGCGGCGGAGCUGGAGGAGAAGGAGAAAGCGGCCGAGGAGAAGAAGGGGGCGGCGGAGGGGGCCAAGGACGGGGAGAGCGGGAAGGAGGGGGAGAAGAAGAACGGCAAGUACGAGAAGCCGCCGUUCAGCUACAACGCGCUCAUCAUGAUGGCCAUCCGGCAGAGCCCCGAGAAGCGCCUCACUCUCAAUGGUAUCUACGAGUUCAUCAUGAAGAACUUCCCCUACUACCGGGAGAACAAGCAGGGCUGGCAGAACUCCAUUCGGCACAACCUCUCGCUCAAUAAGUGCUUCGUCAAAGUGCCCCGCCACUACGACGACCCGGGCAAAGGGAACUACUGGAUGCUGGACCCCUCCAGCGACGACGUCUUCAUCGGAGGCACCACUGGCAAGCUCCGCCGGCGCUCCACCACCUCUCGGGCCAAGCUGGCCUUUAAGCGGGGCGCCCGGCUCACCUCCACCGGACUGACAUUCAUGGAUAGGGCAGGAUCCUUGUACUGGCCUAUGUCCCCCUUCCUCUCCCUGCACCACCCCCGGGCCAGCAGCACUUUGAGUUACAAUGGGACCACGUCCGCCUACCCCAGCCACCCCAUGCCCUACAGCUCAGUGUUGACUCAAAACUCCUUGGGAAACAACCACUCCUUUUCCACGUCUAAUGGGUUAAGUGUUGAUAGACUAGUCAAUGGAGAGAUACCUUAUGCCACUCAUCACCUCACAGCAGCAGCUCUGGCCGCCUCAGUGCCGUGUGGCUUGUCAGUUCCCUGCUCCGGCACCUAUUCCCUAAACCCCUGCUCUGUAAAUCUCCUAGCAGGACAGACGAGUUACUUUUUCCCCCAUGUUCCUCACCCUUCAAUGACUUCUCAAAGCAGCACUUCAAUGACGGCCAGGGCAGCCUCCUCCUCCACGUCGCCACAGGCGCCCUCCACUCUCCCCUGUGAGUCCUUAAGACCUUCUUUGCCAAGUUUUACAACGGGACUUUCCGGAGGACUGUCUGAUUAUUUCACACAUCAAAAUCAGGGGUCUUCUUCAAACCCUUUAAUACAUUAACAUCCAUGGGAUCAGACUGUAAGUGAACAUUUUACACACGUUUGCAUUGUAAAUGAUAAUUAAAAGGAAAAAAAAGCAAAACAAAAAAGUCCAGGUAUUUUUUAUUAAGUCCCCCAUUUUCUGUACGUUUGUUCAGUCUUUAGGGUUGUUUAUUAUUACACCAAGGUGAGGAGUGUCAGCAAGGUGCAAUGUGGGGAGAUUGCAUUGUAGACUAUGAAGUUUGGAAGACGAAAUUAUAGUAGAAUGUGUAUCUAAAUAGUGACUGCUUUUGCAAUUUUUUACUCAAAUAUGAUAAGUCUAUCACUAAAAGCCGCCCGAUUCUCCAUGUUUGCAGUAUUAUAAGUUAUCAUGGAUAUGUCGGUGGGUGCAGACCUUGAAAGAAAAAAAAAAGACAAACCACUAAAUUUAUGAAAACUAUAAAAAAACCCCUUAAAACAUAAUUUGUAUUUAAGCAGAUUUAAUACUGAAAAAUACCCAAGAUCUACUUUUGGCCAUUUAUUAUUUUAUUAUUUUCUUUACCGAAUUGCUUUUUUUCUUUUUUUUUUUUUCAUUUGUUUGUUUGUUUACUUUUAGACCAAAGAUUGGGUUUUAGAAAAUGCACUCAGUGUACGAAGUAAUUUAAAAAAACAGCAACAUUAUUUCAGUUUGCAGCACUGCCCGUUCAAAUGAAUCAGAAGGGGACAAAAUUACUGAUUGCCUUCAGUUUGUGUUGUGUAUAUUUUGAUGUAUGUGGUCACUAACAGGUCACCUUUAUUUUUUUUUCUAAAUGUAGUGAAAUGUUAAUACCUAUUGUACUUAUAGGUAAACCUUGCAAAUAUGUAACCUGUGUUGCGCAAAAGCCGCAUAAAUUUGAGUGAUUGUUAAUGUCGUCUUAAAAUUUCUUGAUUGUGAUACUGUGGUCAUAUGCCCGUGUUUGUCACUUACAAAAAUGUUUACUAUGAACACACAGAAAUAAAAAAAUAGGCUAAAUUCAUAUAUACUUGAUAGUUUUUUUGUCUCUUUUAUUAACCCUAAUGUGGCAGAGGCUUUAAAGUUACAGUGAGAUCAGAGCACUG